CUAAAUCCACGCACACACGCAUAAUGUCGAAAGGAUACUUAUCUGUGCCAUCUUCGGAUCCAGAAAAGCAAGGAUGGUUCUCUAACGAGAAAACCCAGCCAGUGGGUUGGAUAGGCGGUCUUAAUCAGUGGUUUAUGACACCCAGACAAAAGGAAAAGAGUACUCGUAAAAUGCUGCGAUCCCGCACUAGAGGUAUUAAACUGAUUAGCACUUUUUUAUUCUGCACUGCCAGCAUGUUUUUUAUCCAUCGGUUUAUUGAUAAUUAUAUACAAUUUGCGUUACCCCAAGAAACCGUUUCAGAAUUGUUCAAGUCUAUUCCAUCCAGUGACCAUAUCAAACAAUAUUUCAACACUUAUGCAUCUGCAGAACUAGCGAGUUCACGCACCGACAAAAAUUUAGCAGAAUGGACACGAGAUCUUUGGAAAAAAUUUGGUGUGACGGACAGCAGGAUUGAAACGUAUUGGCCAUUACUAAACUAUCCAAACAAGACAAGACUUGCUAUUGUACAGGGCCCUUUCCUUCAUGAAGCCAAUAUUACCACUGACUCUUUUCAUGCCUAUUCUGGCCACGGGAAUGUCACGGGUCCCAUCGUCUAUGUUAACUAUGGUCGCUUAACUGACUUCCAAUUUCUGUUGGCUCGUGGUAUCUCUUUUCAAGGGACGAUUGCUCUCAUCCGAAAUGGUGUAGUUCAUAGUGGUCUUAAGGUGAAGAUGGCGCAAGAUUUUGGUUGCUCGGGCGUUGUUUUGUAUACAGAUCCGGAUGAUACAAAUACUACUGCAAUACUUCCUACCUUUGUGGAACAGGCGUCUGUACAGUAUACAUCCUACAUUGUAGGAGAUCCAUUAACACAAGGUUACGCAGCCACAACAGAAAAUGAUACGCAUCGUAUCACUUUAGAUCAAGCUACCGGUAUCCCAAAGAUACCUUCUUUGCCUAUCUCUUGGCAGGACGCAUUGCCCUUGCUCAAAACAACUGAAGGAUAUGGUAUCGAGGCGGAUAUUACUUGGUUAGGUGGUCUGUGUGAUGUGAAUUAUUACAGUGGUCCUAGUAAAUCUCUGGUGAAUUUAGUCAAUUUCAAUGAUUACAAAGUCAGACCUGUUUGGAACGUUAUUGGUAAAAUACCUGGCAACAUUGAACCUGAGCGUGCUAUCAUUAUUGGUAAUCACCGAGAUGCUUGGAAGUCUGGAUCAAUUGAUCCUUCUUCUGGGUCUGCUGUAAUGAUGGAGCUGGUGAGAACAAUUGGUAUUUUAUUAGAACGAGGUUGGAAACCAAGACGUACGAUUAUCAUUGCAUCAUGGGAUGCGCAAGAAUAUGGCUCUGUUGGUUCUAUUGAAUGGAUUGAACAACAUCAGGACUGGUUAAAAGAACAAGUGGUUACUUAUUUGAAUGUGGAUCAUGCUGUAUCUGGUCGGCAUUUCUCUGCGCAGUCUUCUCCUUUAUUGAGUCAAUUAUUAUACGAGGUCACACAGGAGAUUAUUGAUCCACAUACAAGUCAAACUGUUUAUGAUGUUUGGAAAGCAGACAGGAAUAAAACAGCAGCAGAACAAGCGUUUUACUUCGAAUCUUCUCCACAAGAUAAUUUGAUUCCAACCCUUUUGACUGAUCCCUUGGGUGUAGAUUCUGAUCAUGUUGGCUUCUUUCAUCACUUGGGUAUCUCUAGUGUCUCUUUCGGUUUUCGAGAUGAAAAUGGAUAUCCACAUGAUAGACACUGGAUGGAAACAACGGGUGAUCCUACGUUUGAAUAUCAUCAGGCGUUAACAAAGAUUUGGGGCUUAUUAGUAUUUCGUCUAUCAUCCGACAUCAUCUUGCCUAUGCAUGUACAGGAUUACUCUACAGAGAUUAUACGUCACAUGAAUCUUCUCACUGCCAGACAAGGCUGUCAAACAUUCCCUUUUAUCUCAUCCGCCAUUAACUCACUUGCCUCUACCAGUCUGCAUUUCGAAAAGAAGCAUAACAAGUGGCAUCAUAAAUUAAAAGUUCACAAGCAUAUUUCCAAGAAACUCACUAAACAUGUGACCAAAGCAAAUGAGCGUCUUUUGCAGUUUGAAAGAGCAUUGCUCGAUCCUCAAGGUAUUGCUACAGAACGACCUUGGUUCAAGCAUGUGGUAUAUGGUCCAGAGUUAAAUACGGGCGUGGCUCAAUGUUUCCCCGGCCUGACUGAGGCCAUUGACAAUGCAAAUGAAGAAUACCUUCGAUAUAUUGAGGAAAGAAUCGGCCAAGUCCUGAAUAAUGCCGAGCAAGCUUUGCGAGGCAAAUACAAUGGUCUUGCAGAAGACGAUGAUGAAGACGAAGACGAUUGCAUGAUCUAACAGUCACUAUUUAUUUUAUUUAGCCUUGUAAAAGAAAAAUAUUAAAAUAAAUUUUUGUUUUACUUCAUUUA